AGCUUAUCAUUAUUGAUGUCAGACAGGAAGUUCAUCUAAGCCUGCGUGUUACAACUAUAAUUAGCAUCUAGAAUAUGUUACACAAAUCUCUGACUUUGGAUUUGAAAAGGAUUUUGAAUUACUUUUUUAUUUUAGAAUAUAUAAUGGCUGCUUCAGAUUAAUUAGAUGUGAGAACAGUCCUUGACAUAAUAAUGAGCGGAAUAGAAAAAGAAAAUCUACUAAAACUUUACAUGCUCUUAGUAGGAUAUACUAAAGAGGCCAUUAUUGACUUUUUCAAAUUGCAUUUGACAAACAAAAGUUUAAAUUUCGAGGAUUUCAUCAAUUUGAAUCAGCAUGACAUUUAUCAUCUUUGCUAUAACACAAGAACAUGCUGCAGACCUGGGUGUAAUACCAGUUAUAGAACACCGUACGUGCCUAAGCGUAUCCUCAACCCAGUCCAGUUAGACAAAUUGUUGGAUAACACGUCCACUCGUUUAUCGUAUCACAAACCUAGUAGCACAGGAGAUUAUUGUUGUUGCCGAGGUAAACCCGGAAUUCAAACUGAUGUUUUGGAUGUAACAUUGGCAAAUUGUCUGCUAAUAAAUUUUUGUCAUGAUCUCUUUUGGGACUGUUGUUUAACACAAGGACAGAAUAUUACGUCAUUUCUUGACUGUAAUAAACAUAGUAUUUUCCAUUUAACCAAUGGCAACAAUAACUGUUGUAUGUGUUCUUCUACGAGUUGUUCAUACGUUACACAGCAGACGAUUAACACUUAUUACUGGCAUUUGCUAUUUAACAAACCAUCUGGUAACGCAUGCGGAACGUCUGGAAUGCAGUGCAUUUGUUCCUUGUCCGCUACUGUAGGACUGACAAAUCUUGACGAUGCAUGCACUCGCGCUCUCCACAAACAAUAUUGUUCAUCAAGAAAGGCUUUAGAUGUAUUGGUAAAUUACAGAAAUAUUUAUGGCCAUCCGGACACAACAUCUGUACCCGUGGCAGAGUAUGCUAGGGUUAAAAAUGAUAUUUUUAAUUCAAUCAUGAUAUUAGCAACGCUAUCCGGACAAAAAAGACAAACCAGACAAAAACUGAGUGACUUGGAGAACAUAUCACUUGAUGUACAGCUAUGUGAACAGUACAGAAACACAUUACUGGAACAGAUAAAUAGAGACAGGAAAUUAGAAGAGGUCAUUACAGAUCUUCCUGAUAUAAUGAAAUCAAUUGUGGAGGAUAUCACAAACGAAAGAUUUAACCAAAUAGAAAAGAAACUGGAUAAUUUAGCAGACAUAGCUUUUGAUAGUAAAAGACAAUCCACAAUCGGUGAAAUACUGAGACUACACGAGGAUAUACCAUCGGCUAAUAAUUUAAGCGAUAGUUUCGAAAGUCCACAAUGCUCAACCAAAAUUAGAUUUCAAACCGGUUUGAAAACAGCAAUUAAACUUUUAUCGUCUGUCAAAUUUCUGGAUUCAAAGAUUUCCGCGGUUGUAACUACUGUUGAAGCACUCUUCGCAAUAUUCGGCGAAACACCAGUUGAAGAUGAACUAGAUAGAUUUAUCGAAGACAUAAUUGAUGAAGAAAUAUUUUGUGAAUGUGAGGGAACAAUACAGUAUUUUGUAAGUUCAAUCAUAUUUCUCAGCGGCAUUAGUAUAAAGAGUCUUGGAGAUAGCGAGUUCAAAUUCGUUUGUGAUCAUAUAAAACCAUUCCAUGGAGUACUUUUCAUGGGAAAACUAUGGAAAAAAAUCGAUAAUUUAAAGAAUCUGUCCGUCAAGAGAAGGAACUUUACAAAACUUAUGAAUUACAUUCAGGCCUAUAUGUACCUAAGUUUUAUGCGGGACCUUACAUCGGUUCUCUUUUGUAGGAUAUUAGAAAUUCGUUCAUCACAGAAUAUUCUCAAAGGAAUGGAGGUAUUGAUGAAACAUCACAAAUCUAGAGACAAAAUACUACUGCAGUUUUUGGUUGAGCCUACUAAAAACACAUUGACAUUUAAUAUCAUGUAUAAUUCAAAUAAUUGGCCUGCAGUUGAUAUCAUGCUUACGAACUAUUUCUUUCCAAACCAGAAAACUCAAAAUCCUUUGAAUUACCUGUGCGACGGAGAAUUUGUCAUAAAACCAAUAAUACAAGCAGGUGCUUUUCUUUAUAUGGCUGACAUAGGUUGCACUUGGUUGAGAUGGUCUGAUGAAGAAAAUGAACAAUCAAGAUUUAAGUUUAUCCAACAUAAAAUAGAUGGAAAGAUAUAUUACCAAAUAUUUUCUGUAAAAUGGGUUGAAUAUUAUGCAUCGAUGGGAUUGGCGUCUUGGUGGGCUCGGGGAUGGACUGGUACCCCUGACGACUAUGGUUUAUGGGAAAUAAUAUCAUUUGAAAGCAAAGACUUUCCUGAAGAAGAACUGUAUGUGUUUUCACCAAAAGAUUCACAAGCUAACUUUAUGAUUGUUGACGCAUGUAGAAGGGUUUAUGGUAGCCGAUGCUUGCCCAGUGUGAAUACAUUUUUCAAAAUUGAAAGUCGGUUUGUUGAUGCUUUGGAUGAGAUAGAUUCAGAAACAAGUGAGACGAAAGAGGAAUACAAAGACUGCAAUGACGUCAUAACAGACUGAAGUUUUUGACAGAUAUAUAUAUAUAACGUCUGGAUAGAUAGCUCAGAGUUCUGUAUUUCCAAUCAUUCAUAACACAUAAACAUAUAAACAUAUAUAUGGAAAUUAAACUAAAUUUCACAUAAAGUGAAUUAGAUUACCUUAUAAUAUAUUUCAUAUAUAAUCAUAUAAAAUAGCACAACAUACAAAAUUGUUGUUAUAAUACUGGU